GCUCUCCCGGAGACGCGCCCGAGCUGCCGCCUCUGCCGCCAACAUGGCUGAGACAAGUGAGGAGGUAGCGGUGUUGGUGCAGCGGGUGGUGAAGGAUAUCACCAAUGCCUUCAGGAGGAACCCGCACAUAGAUGAAAUUGGACUAAUCCCAUGUCCUGAAGCUAGAUGUAACCGGAGUCCUAUAGUCCUGGUUGAAAACAAACUUGGUGUGGAGAGCUGGUGUGUCAAGUUCCUUUUACCAUAUGUUCACCAAAAGCUCCUUCUAUACAGAACAAGAAAGCAAUGGCUGAACAAAGAUGAAUUGAUAGAUGUCACAUGCACUCUGCUGCUUCUAAACCCAGACUUUACCACUGCAUGGAACGUGAGGAAAGAGCUGAUCCUCUCUGGCACUUUAAAUCCAAUUAAGGACUUACAUCUGGGAAAACUGGCCUUAACAAAGUUUCCAAAGAGUCCAGAAACAUGGAUUCACAGGCGAUGGGUGCUACAACAGCUAAUUCAGGAAACCUUGCCUUCCUUUGUCACCAAAGGAAACUUGGGAACAAUUCCUGCAGAAAGGACACAGCGACUAAUCCAAGAAGAGAUGGAGGUCUGUGGUGAAGCCGCAGGGAGAUACCCAAGUAACUACAAUGCCUGGUCCCAUCGCAUCUGGGUUUUACAGCACCUGGCCAAGCUAGACGUCAAGAUUCUUCUUGAUGAACUUUCUUCAACCAAGCAUUGGGCAUCCACACACGUUUCAGACCACAGUGGAUUUCACUACCGCCACUUUUUAUUAAAAUCUUUGAUUAGCCAAACUAUGACAGACCGUUCUGUAUUAGAGCAAAACCCUUUGAGAAGCGAGCCAACCCUAGUUCUUCCAAAAGAUCAGGAAGCAGCAGCUUCAUCAGAGGAACCAAGGAUAAAUCUUCCCUAUCUUCUAGAAGAAGAAGUUGAAUUUAGCACUGAUCUCAUUGAUACGUACCCAGGACAUGAAACGCUGUGGUGUCAUAGGCGGCAUGUCUUCUACCUUCAGCAUCACUUAAAUGGUAGGCUUCCUCACAGCAUGACCCAGUUGUUGCCUGCAGACAGCCCCGGGGGGACUUUGAGUGACUUGCACCUCAUCCCAGCAGGCCCCCACAUGUCUCAGGCAAUGGAGGUGGAUGGACUGAAUGACUCUGGCAAGCAAGGCUAUUCCCAGGAAACCAAACGACUGAAGCGGACCCCAGCUCCAUACUCCCUAGGCCUAGAAAUGGAGCACAGGUUCAUUGAUCAAGUAUUGUCUACCUGCCGGAACGUAGAGCAAGCCCGGUUUGCCAAUGCAUACAGGAAAUGGCUGGUUACUUUGAGCCAGUGAAAGAGGCAGAUGAGUCCUGCAAGGUUCCCCAUUUAGUGCAAUAUUACUUUCCUCUCUUCUUUACAUGGUUGCAUGGACUGUUGGCUAUUAUUGACUAACCGUAUGUUCUUCAUCUUUCAGUUAAAAAUCUGUAGUAAAUCUUUCAAUUUAUUUAUUAAGAACUGGCAUUCCUUUGGGGAUA